AUGGACGGCCAAAAGCUCGAGGUCAACUGUCUAUACCUGGAAAUCCCUGCUUCGGAGUACACUGCUGCUGAGGAGGACUCGCUUGCAAGACUCGAGCAUGGACAUGAGGUGGCCGGAGCACCACCCGGGCAGGAGCACCAGCGCGGGCGUCGCCAUUGGAACAGUCGGUGCAACUCUGUAGCAAGCUUGGCCAUAGAUAAAGCAACUUCCUGUGUGGUAGACAUGUCUUGCUUCCAAGGAUUCUUCUUCUGUCCAAAGGCUGCGUCGCUGUUGCUUCACAAUUUCUGUGGGUACCACAUCACACCUCAAGGACACAAGCGGUCAGAGAAGUACAAGAGAUGGAUUAUGGUCAAUGAUCAUGCUAACCGUCUGGGAAAUCUGGAAAGAGAGGACAACCGUGUUUUCAACAAGAUCACCAGAACUGCUGAACAAGUUUUCAGUGCAAUUCAGGAUGAGGCCAAGGUGUGGAUACGUGCUGGGAACAGAGGCCUGGAAAUGGUGCUGCCAUUGACGGCACAGCUGCCAGGAGGGGCGCCAAUCAGGCAUAUAGUUUCUAUGAUUAGUUUCUUAGGAAUAGCUAUUACAAGUAUUAUGUAA